AUGACCACGCCGACCAGAAAACGAGUUUUAUCCAAUAAUAUAUCAGGCGCCAGCUCCGGUGUCUCUACGCCAGUCAUGGAGAAAACAGACUCAGUGGUGAACCUCACUAAGCCAUCACUUUAUGGAAUCUACCACGAUAAUCUGUUUGUCGAUUUGAACAAAGAAGACGACAAUUAUCCCGCGGUUCAAACGCCUCCCAAGCAACCCGUGGCCACCGAGUCGCUCCCGCAACUGUCAUUGCCCAUUCUAGUGGCAAAAAUAGCCACGCUUGCCGUGGCGGCGUUUUUCUACAAUAGUCUCACGACUCAUAUUCAUAACCAGCACAUUGAAACGCUUUCCGGAUUCAAGCCGUUGCUCGUUACGAACAAGGUACUUUCGAAUCUUGUCAGCAGCUUGAAACCUUCCAGCUUACUCUCUUGUCUGGUUCCAAAAUCGGUGGAUGCCGUGGUGAGUCUCACCGCCGAGGGCAUGGUGAUGGGUCUUAUGCAUCCGGUCAUGGACCGGGUUCUUCCCGCAUACUUGACCAAGCGCCUCCUCACAUCGAACCCCGACGGGCGAAGGACCGCACCAGCAGCGCUUUUCCACGAUUUGAUGAGACUGGUGGUCACUUUCUUGGGCAUCUCGUACGCAGUUCGCAACGUCGAAUGGAGCUCGUCAUUACAGGUGCUGAUCAUAUGGCUGUUGCUCAAUCCCGGGUUGUGGCUCUUGCUUGACGGCACCAUCUCAGGGUUCAUUUCCAGCGUGGCAGUGGCUGCAUUGGCAUGUCUUGGUGUCUACGUGCAAAGCUACGAUGCGAUUCAUUCGUUUCUUAAUCUGGUGCUUCUUAACCAAGAAGACUUUUACGCCAUCUGGUUAUGGACCGGCAGCUUCUUCUUCUGUGGACUCAUUCUCUUUGGAAAGCUUGGUCGGGCUCUCUUCGUUAAUUAA